AUUUCUACAAAACACAAUCUAAGAAAAGGCAUUUUUUAUAUCUCCACUUGGAAAAAAGAAAAAAAAAAAAAAAGUUCUCCCUUCCCCAAUUUUGAUACCUUGUAUAUACCAUUUUCUUUCAUUAUUUUUAUUGUAUUGUAUUAUAUCUUUUUUCCCAAUUCUACUUUUCUCUCUCUCUCUCUCUUUCUUUUUCAAAAUCAAGCACAUCGACUUCUUUUUUAAAAAAAAAAGUUUUUUUUUUCCAACACAUGUCAACUAUAACACUAGAUAAAGAUAAACAAGAGAGCCCUGUUAGUAAUGCAUCUACUACUCCAUUAUCCAUUCAGUCAGAACGACGUCCUUUCGACAAAGACAAACAUAAUGUUGUCACUGAAGCGAACAAAGAGGAAGAGGAAGAGGAAGAAGAGGAGGAGGAGGAACAGAUAGCCUAUAGCAGACCUAAAAGAAAACAAAAACGAAUACUACAGGAUGACGACGUUGAUGGUUCCUCACCAGAACCUACCAUGACCCACACCACGGAAGAGGAGAGUAAAAAGGGUCGCAAAAAAACAUGUCGAAACCCUAACCGUAAAGAUAAGGCAGGAAGAACAAAAAUAUUUUCAGCUACCACAGCGGGUCAUUUGGACAAAGUGAAACAAUUAGUGGAAUGCGGUGCGGAUGUCAACUUUCGCGACAAUGCAGGCUGGACACCUCUCCACGAAGCCGCAUUGAAAGGCCAAUUUGACAUUGCAAGCUAUUUGAUUGCGUGCGGGGCUCACGUCAACGUUCGAGGCUUUGGUUUAGAUACCCCGCUUCAUGACGCCUGUAGCAGCAACUCUCCCGAAUGUAUCCAGUUAUUGAUCGAUGCAGGAGCCGAUGUCUUUGCUUUGAACGAAGCCGAAAAACGACCUAUUGACCUCUGCACCGAUGAGGAAUGCCAAGCCAUUCUCGAAGCGAAAAUGAACGUGUUGGACCAGCUUAUUGCACGCGACGCCCACGGCCGUUCUUCCUUACACCGUGCUUCUCUCCACAACGAUCUGGAGCAGAUUCAGCGCUUGCUCGAUCAAGGGGCCGACGUCAACGCGAAAGACAACCAACAAGCAACCCCGCUUCAUUUAGCCGCCGCCCUUGGCCACCUGGACACCGUUCAGUUGCUCGUGCAGCACGGCGCCGUCGUCAACCGAAGAGGCACCGACCAUCAAGACACACCCUUGCAUCAAGCCAGUCGUAGAGGCCACGAAGCAACAGUUCAGUAUCUGAUCCAAGCCGGUGCCGAUGUCAACAGUACCGAUAAGGAGGGCAAAAACCCUUACCAAGUGUGCCCGGCUUCCUUUCCGGCCAUCCGGCAACGACUCACUGCACGAAUGGAUGAAGUGCGAUUAGAAAAGGAGACAACAGAUGCAUUAGAUGAAAUUGCCAAAAAAGCCCAAAAGACGGCGAUCAGAGACUCAAAAGCAGCAGAACGUCGUCACCUGACCCGUGAAGAAAGAAAAAUUCAAAACUACAUGCGUCAGUUUGCCAACCUGGAUAAAUCCACCCACAGCAGUAGUGGUCCUCGUUUGGACGAAGAAGACGACACGACUCCCCUUCCAUUCGCCACGUUACCUACGAAACGAAGACGCAAGCGAAGGAAUACCAACCUAUCGUCUGCUUCGACUACGUCAAGAAGAAAUUCUCCUGCUGCUGCUAUGGACAGUGAAGUCUCUUCGGUGGCGACGCCUACCCCUACAACGACCACUGCUGCUGCUGCUGCUGCUGCUUCAGACCUAGCCACUACGACGACAACCACCACCACCACCACCAAACGAUCCACCUCGGCCCCCAAGUUGGAUCCCUUCAAAAAAGAUACCAGUGGUCGCACGCAAUUGCAUCGCUAUGCGAAAAAGGGCGACUGCACAACCGUGGAGCGUCUGUUGGAAGCAGGUGCUGAUGCCAAUGCAAAAGACUUUGCUGGAUGGACCCCGCUUCAUGAAAGUGCCCUGAACGGCCAUGUGGACGUCUGUCGCCUCUUGCUGAACUACGGUGCCGACGUGAACGCGAAGGGUGGCGAUAUGGACACACCGCUGCACGAUGCCACAGAGAACAACCAUUGCGAUAUUGUCGAAUUAUUACUGGACUAUGGUGCCGAUCCCUUUGCACGGAAUGAACACGACGCUGAGCCGAUCGAUAUUGCUACAGAACACGACUUUGAGGAUAUCAUGCUGGUACUGCAGAAUGCAAGUCCCGUCGUCAAGAAGAAAAAGAGAAGAACCGUCCUCAAAACAGAAGAGGCGGAUGACACCCGUCUUCCAGACAUCACACUAAGCUCCUCCACCUCCUCCUCCUCCUCUUCUUCUUCUUCUUCUUCCUCCACUCCUACUACCGUCACUACCACGACCAUGACCACAAGAAGAACACGCAGAAAAAAAGCGCUUGCCUUCAGUGAUUCAGAGAAUGACAAUGAGAAGAGUGACGAUUCUCGGAACGUGACCACCCAUGCAUCUGUCAAUACACCAAAAACACGCUUACAAAAGACACGUAUGAGAAAACGUCGUCUCAUACAAGCAGCAGACCUCGAAAAGAAUAAAGAGGACGACAAAGACGGUGAGGAAAAGAAGAAAGAGGAGAAAGACGUAAAGGAGACACAACCACCCGUAAAGCAUGAAACCAGCGACACCUUGGUCGACGAGCGUUGGAAGGUCGAAGAAAAAGAAGUGCCUAUCAAACAAGAAAAAGAAAAUGUGCUGAUGCAAUUCCCCACCAAAAAGAAUGGCUUUUUAACCAGCUCCACAGCAGCCCUCUACAGCAGUAACAACCAUGGCUCUUUGAAGAAAAAAUGUACCAAUAUCUACGCCGCCACCACGACCCAUACCCGUACUGCUGCUUCUACAUUCACUUCCUCGCCUCUCUAUACAGUGCAAAUCAACUCGACUUACUAUGUGAUUGAUCUUCAAGUCGCUCUUUUCUUGAAUAUGUCACUGCAAAAGUUCUGGUCCGACUAUUUCUAUCUAACGAAAAACCGCAAGUCUAUCAACGAGCAAGGAAAAUCGAGAUUAUGGUCCACCCUAAAGCAUACACUACUGAAUGAAGCGAAAGAAAGUUUUGUCAAACGUCAACUUUACUUUAUUUCGUUAGACGAUGUAUUAGCCUUAGUGAAAAGGGAUUUUGACUAUCUCAGUUCCAGUUUAAUCACCAUUACGUUAGAUAUCGGUUAUUACAAAGACGACAACCAUGGACCGGAGGAGGAGGAUGAAGUGGCCAAAGAAAAGAAGAAGGCUCAAGAACAACUGCCUUUGAAGAAAACAGUCUCACCUUUACCCAUGUACAAUUUGCCUCCCAAAUUAGCAAUGAAGAUGAAGCUAAAGAGAUUUCAUACUUGA